AUGCCAACCUAUGGGAUGGACAUCGCUCUUAAGAAAAAGAUCUCAGACAAACGUGAUCCAGCACUUGAUUUACAAGUACAACAAUGGAUCGAAACCGUAAUCGAAGAGAAGUUCCCUGAUGUUCCUUAUGAAGAUGCAAUCAAGGAUGGUGUCAUUCUGUGCAAAUUAAUGAAUAAACUUCAACCAAAUUCUAUUCCAAAAUACGCGACAUCAGGUGGCUCAUUUCAAUAUCGGGAAAAUAUUGCCCUUUUUCAAAAUGCCGCUCGAGCUUAUGGUUUAGGAGAAGCUCAACUCUUUCAAACCAUUGAUCUUUUUGAGAAGCGCAAUAUUCCACAAGUAACUCUAUGCUUAUUUGUGCUUAGUCGACUUGUACAAAAACAGAAAUCGAAUGGUUCAACACUCAGUCCUAGAGUGUCCGAAGCCGAUGCACGUGAAUUCAGUGAUGAACAAUUGAAUACCGCAAAAAAUGGCCUUCCAUUACUUCAUGAAGGCACGCACAAAGACGUGAAUCAAAGCGGUUAA